AUGGGAGCACGUCCGGAGCGGAAAGAGAUCCCACUGUGGAUCAAGUCUCCCGACGAUUUAAGAGAUCCUGAGGUGUUUCAGGUUCCGACGUGGCAGUUGGUAACCAUAUUUGGCCCCAAUGGAUCUCGAAUCCCAUGCCUCGAGCAAAUGAGCAAGACUGUGCUCGAGCUGAAGUUUCUGGAGUCCUCGAGCGUGACCAAGAUUGAGUUACAGGCCAAGUGGAUGCUGGAGUCUCUGGCCCAGUGGCACCGCCACCGACAAGACCGAGGAAUGCUGAAAUGUGAGGAAGCCAUGAAUGGUCUCGAACUAGACCUUGGAUUCAGUGAAGCCAGUUCCUAGCCCACCUGUAUAGAAGAGUAUAGUGUGCCCUGAGUUUAGUGGAUCUGACCUAACAAGUUGGAGGAGAACAAUGAUUUGGGGUAUCUGUCUUUGCCUCUGAAUUCUGCAAUGAACACUUGUUUCUAAGGUUUCAAA